AUGGUCAAUACCCUUCCUGAUUUUAUGACAAAUCCUAAUGCUGUUCUUGAAGAUAAAGACCAUCAAUGGCGAUUCAAUCGUAUCCCAGAUUACAAGAAAGUCAAUGAAGCUUACGAAGCAGAAAAGACUACUCAUCACAAAGAAGGGUCCUUGGAAUGGUUAGUCUCUAAUCUCGUCAAGAAUUGGGAAAAAGAAAUGUCUUACAAGGUCCGCGUUGACGAAAUUCGUACAAUUGAUGCCUCAAAGUAUAGAUUUUCAGUGAAUGGGAAAGAGUGGCAUAGUGCUGAAGAAAUGCUCAAAAUUGGCACGUAUAAUGCUCUUAUUGGCGACACGGAACUUUACAAAGCAAGUGAAAUGGAUUUCAGUGAGUCCCAUAAGCUUUUUAAGAGAGCCCUUCGUACCUUUUCUUGGGAGGUAUUAGAAGUUUACAGUGGGCCACCCGUUGUCGCUUUCAAAUGGGCUCAUUGGGGAACCAUGUCGGGUAACCUUUCCGUUAAAGUUGGUGAUGAUAAGAAGCUUGAGGCUCCUGCAACCAACGAAACCGUUAAAGUAUGCGGCGUUACUGUCGCCCACGUCAAUGACAAGUUCCAAAUUGAGCAAUUGGAAACGUUCUACGACCCUGCCGACAUGAUGCGACAAAUGAUCAAGAAUGGACAUGAAAUAGUCUCCACUGGUGGCAAAUGCCCUUUUAACCCUCAAUAA